AUGAGCUACGUGAGCAGGGCGUGGAUGGCGGCGACGGUGGCGGUGCUGCAGGGGCGGCCGGAGAAGGGAGCGGAGUGGCACGCUAGCCUGGGCGGCGGUGGGCGCCUCCUCGGGGGCGGGGUAUUUUCGUCGUCUUCCACAUCGCCGGCUCCUUCUGCCGCCGGCGCCGGGAGGAGGCCGGCGGCGGGAUCCGUCGGCAGCCGGUUCCUCGGCGGAGGUGGGGCCGGCGCCGGAGACGAGCGGCGGAGGCAGGCGGAGGAGUCUGUACAGAAGGCCAUGUUCUCUAGUUGCUGGACUCCCAGCUAG